AUGGUUCAUCAACCUGAAUUGGAUCUUCAUACUCCUUUGAAUAGGGAGAUUCCGGCGACUAUUCGCCGCACGAAGUUGACUCCUCGGUUGGCUCUUUCGGCACUUACUUUGCAUGGUGACUUCUAUAGACAGCUUCAGUCCAAGGCCAAUUCCAGGAUCUUCUGGCAUCCGUUGACACAGUUGUUUAUGAUUUCUGUAUUGGGGCUUACGGCUGUUUAUCAGUAUUCGGAUUUGUGGAGGGCUUCGAACACAUGGAGCGAGUUUGGGUCCUUGAUGUUGAAUAACAAGUACUUGGUGUCGUCUAUCUUUCCUUCACUUAUAUUUGUUGCCGGUACGGUUGGACUUACCAGUUUUCUUUUGACUGACGAGAUUAGGGUGAUUAGUGAUAAGUUGGGGGAGGAUUCAUACCAGCAGAAAUUGUUUGGGUUCCCAUUGAAGGUGUUUGCCAAUGCUACUCUGGAGGAAGCAAAGAGAGAAUCGUCAAUUGAGUUUAUGGAAAGUGCUGAGUUUUCUACUGAGCUUAUAGAGUACCGUGAGUCUCCCGUGGCCGUGGUGACAGUGUUACCAGAACCAGAACUCUCCUCGAAGGAUGUCUUCUACGCUAAGAUUACUGGUUUCCAUGUAAGGAAGUCCUACAAGACCGCAGGCUUGGAAAAUGAGCUUUUGGACAUUGCUGCAGAGAAAGCACAGGUCUUAUCUUUGGAAUAUAUCAAAAAGAGGAAGCUUAAAGCGGAUGAUGUCAAGGUUGUGCUCUUGGUGGAUGCCUAUGCUCUCGACCCCAUCAACAGGCCAAUCGUAGAGAAGAAGGGCUUCGAAAUCAAGCUGUCUACUACUCAAUUGGACCCAUUUGCAGGUGACGACGUUGUGGAUGAAAAACUUAUGUUCCUAAUUCCUCAUAGCAUGAUCAAGAGUCAGCAAUGA